CUUAUCUCUCUUCAGCGAGUAAGGGGAUUCAAUGUCAUCAUCUCGCUGCCCCCACCACCCGGCGUCCUCCAUCCACCUCGAGUUCCAUCCCACUCAUUGUAACUCGCUGCGACAUACCUCUCUACGUUGUCAGGCGAGCAAGUGACCACGCGACUUGAACUCUACAAGCUCAAGUGCUUGAUAACUCGGGCUAUACGGGAGCUAUCCAACGCGUACGCAUGCGCUCCCUUACCGGCUCAACAGUCCUGAGCUGAAGCUAUAUUCGACGACUCUGCCACCAUCCGAAGCGACGUCUAUCGUUAUACGUACGCCAUAAGCUCAAGGCUUACCCACGACGACCUUUAUUGAACAACAUUGAUACGUAGACGUCAUGGAACGCGUUCGCAAAGCAUUAGGCCGUCAACACUCAUCCACAUCAACAUCAGAAUACGAGCCUUUGACAGGUACUGAGGAAGCCACUCCUCUAGAAGGCUCAACAGUACUCGAGGGCCAACAUGAGUUGCCGUUCUCGUGGAUAGAAUAUAGUAUCUUUGCCCUGCUGGGUGUCGCUAUGCUCUGGGCUUGGAAUAUGUUCCUUGCUGCAGCUCCAUACUUCACAGCUCGCUUUGCCGGCGAUGCUUGGAUUCAGUCUAACUUUCAGUCUGCGAUCUUGACCGUCUCUACUGUUACCAACCUCGGCGCGAUGCUUGUUCUCACUAGUAUACAGUACUCAGCAUCGUACCCUUUUCGAAUCAACCUGGCACUUGUUAUCAAUGUUUUCACUUUCAGUCUCCUGACUGCUUCUACAGUCAUCGGACUAAGCGCGUCGCCGACUCUAUAUCUCGUGUUUCUGCUUGCUACAGUCGCUGCUGCUGCCUGGGCAGCUGGUCUCAUUCAGAAUGGAGCCUUUGCUUUUGCAGCCAGUUUCGGACGCCCAGAAUAUAUGCAAGCCAUCAUGGCUGGACAGGGCAUUGCCGGUGUCCUCCCCCCGGUCGCGCAAGUUUUUACCGUGCUUGUCUUCCCCCCCGAGAAGGACCAGAACACUUCUAUCAAAGAGCCAUCCUCUGAAGAUGGACAGACAUCAGCUUUUGUCUAUUUCCUCACCGCCGUAGUCGUGUCAGUUGCUGCUUUGCUGUCCUUCGUCCCAUUGGUUCGCCGCCAUAACCAUAUCAUUGAGAACCGCAUGGUUGAGCAAAUGAAUGAGUCCAUGCACAGCAUUGAAGAGGCCGAACGUGCCGCUCGCAAGGUCACAUCCCUUUGGAGGCUCUUCACUAAACUUCACUGGCUUGCCAUUGGUGUGGCACUCACUUUCAUUGCAACAAUGUUCAUGCCCGUUUUCACCGCGAAGAUCCAUUCCGUGAAAGAAAACUCCGGUGCUCUCUACCAGCCUUCCGCCUUUAUUCCUCUUGGAUUCUUCUUUUGGAAUUUGGGUGACUUGGGUGGUCGUGUGGCCACGAUAUUACCUUUCUCCCUACGGCACCGCCCCUUUGCUCUUUUUGUUCUCUCUAUUAUCCGUUUUGGUAUACUCCCGCUAUACUUGCUUUGUAAUAUUGACGGACGUGGUGCCAUUGUUUCGAGCGAUUUCUUUUAUCUCUUCAUUGUUCAGUUGGUAUUUGGUCUCACCAACGGCUGGCUUGGUUCUAGUUUCAUGAUGGCAUCGGGCGAGUGGGUGGAUGAAGGUGAGCGUGAAGCUGCUGGCGGCUUCAUGGGGUUGUGUCUUGUGGCUGGGUUGUCCAUCGGCAGCCUUUUGAGUUUCACCGUGGCCGGUGUCUAGAACGGAUUACACAAUAUUACACUAGAAUUGGGGUUUGGCGUUU